CGGAAUCCGUGUCUCGAGCUCGAUUGAGAAGCCUGUGUGGUGGCGCACGUAGCGCAACGGCAGGGGGAAAAACGGUUAAACGGUUUUAGGAAUUUAAAUCGAAUUAAAUUAACGUCGGUUUAAUUUUAAAUAUCGGGAUUGCACGUGCUGGUGGAUUUGAUACCGGACGCAGUGCGAGAUGGGGUGGAAUCUUGCGGUAACCGGUGUGUUUCGGUUUCCUCCAUGUGGCUGUCAUUCAAAUAGAAUCCACGUUAGCACCGAGCUAACCUGCUAGCCUGCACGCGUUUGCCCUUUUAGUCGAUUUUUGGUUAAAGGUUUUUAGAUAUUGUAGUCGCGUAAAUCCAUGACACACGGAGAGUGUGUGUUUGCACCACAGUGUGAAUGCGUGAGUCAUGCGGGACAGCGCAGUGUGUGAGGACCCAGUGUAAGAGGAUUUAACCCGGGUUAUUUCUGGCACUGGAGGAAACCCUCGGCUCACUGAAUCCGUCCCAGCCCACUUGGACACUAGCGAGGGUUUCUCCGACUCGGUCGGCGUCACACUGCGGUUCAGAUUUCGCUUCUUCCUUUUAUGCGCAUGCGCACACCUGUCCUAAAAUGGAUCUGAAUUUUUACUCGGAUCUGACGGAUGGUACCGGACAGCCAGGAGACUCCGAGUUCCUGGACGCUCAAGCCUUUAACGGAUUUGAUACAGUGCAAAAGUUUCCCGGAGGAAGCGACAACUUUUUACCCAUCAGUGGAGAGGGACAUCCUUUCCUGUCCUCCUCCGAGGUACCGCUCCACUCCACAUACUCCCUUCAAAUCCAGGAUGCCGAGACUUUCCACACUCCCAGCUUGGGAGACGAGGAGUUUGAGAUCCCACCCAUCUCACUGGACCCCGACACGGCGCUAAGCGUCUCGGAUGUGGUGUCGCACUUCGGAGAGCUGGGAGAUGGCGGUUCAGCCCCCGUCGUCCCCGGCAACGCCGUGGUACAGGGUGACGACCCUUCCUUCGCCUCGACCUUCGUAAACCCGACGACACAAGGGCUUGAGCAUCUUAGCCUCAUGACCCAGCAGGGAGGAGGACCGAUGUUGGGAUCAACUCUGGGAAUGGAUCUUGGGCAUCCCAUCGGCUCACAGUUCAGCAGCAGCUCUCCAAUGACCAUCGAUGUGCCACUUCCCGACAUGAACCACGGCCUGCUGGGCCACAAUCCGCUGACCACCAUCGACCAGUCAGAGCUUAGUGCACAGCUGGGUCUCAGUCUAGGAGGCGGGGCCAUUCUGACCCGGGCACACUCCCCUGACCAGCCACUGUCCGCCACCGGCUCGCCUUCAGAGUCCCUGCAGGAUGACGACAUGGACGACUUCAGAAGGAGCGUACUGGUGGAGUCGCCGGUCUCGCUGUCCGUCUCUUCCGGGGUCAUCUCUCUGUCCCCCGCACUCUCAGAGCAGCCUGCAGCAUCUGUGUCCUCCGCUCCGCCCGCCCUGGCCCGUAAAGCCGUAGGUGUCGGAGGAGGAGCCAAAAAAGGCAAAAAGAAAAAAGAUCCCAACGAACCCCAGAAGCCAGUUUCGGCUUACGCGCUGUUCUUCCGCGAUACGCAAGCAGCUAUCAAGGGCCAGAACCCCAACGCCACGUUCGGAGAGGUGUCCAAAAUCGUCGCCUCCAUGUGGGACAGUCUGGGAGAAGAGCAAAAACAGGUCUACAAGAGGAAGACCGAAGCUGCUAAGAAGGAGUAUCUUAAAGCACUGGCAGCUUACAGAGCCAGUCAGCUCUCACAGCCCACUAUCGAGGUACUCGACACGGCACCUUCACCACCCGCCGCUCCCAUCGUGACUCCCGCCCCCGAGGCUCCGCCCCCUCUGCCCACGCCUACGCGCUCCAACCGCAUCCCAGUGCACGCACCUGAUAACAACACCAUCACCAACAUUUGCACAUCGAACAUCAUCAUCGACUUGCCGCAGGUGACCACGCGCUCUCGGACGGGGGCUCACAAGCCGCCCGCCUCUUUGGCGCCGGUCACCGCGUCGACCCCGACUCUGCCCAUGGUCACCAAGAUCAUCCUCCCCAAGCAGCCCGCAGCGCGCCAGCCGCCACCGCUGCAGCAGAUGCAGAACACACCGCCGCCCCCACGCCUCCAGCAGAUGAUGCAUUCAGUUGCCCCUCCACCGCUACUGGCCAAACCUCGCGGAGGGGGUGCGGUCGGCCAGGUCGCCGCCCCCAUGGCUGCUACACCACCUCCUCCUCUCCAAAUCAAGAUAGUCCCCGCCCCUGCACAAGCAGACAUGGCCACACCCAUCAUCGUCACCAGCACCACAGAGGCGCCUACAGAUACAGCCGCCAUGGAGGUGGACGUGGCGCAGCCUGCCACCAUAGUCACCACCGAAGCUGAGGAAGGGAUGGAGGUGGAGCUGAACAGCUCUCCUGCGCAUGAGGUUGCUCCCUCUGCAGGUCCUACUGUGUGUGUGCGUGCUGGUUGCAAUAACCCACCUGUUGAAAGUAAAGACUGGGACCGAGAAUACUGCAGCAACGAGUGUGUAGCCACACACUGCAGGGACGUAUUCAUGGCCUGGUGUGCGAUCAGAGGACAGAACACCACCACCGUCACUUAAAAUCCAGUGCACCAAUUGUCAAGCAUGGCAGGGACAGAGCGCGAAUGUGGCAUGUGUAUUUAUAGAUGGGAAAGACUUUGAGAGGACUAUUUUUGAUUCUUGUUCAUCACUUCCCAUAUUUCAAGCUAACAGUGAAUAAUUUUAAAGGGAUAACUUAACCAGUCUGCAGCAAUAUGGGUAACUUUAGUUACAAAGUAGUUAUUAGUUGUACUAAUAGACUACAGGACUGAUGUAUUAUUAAUUGAACUCACAGUUUGACUGAGACCGCAAUUCAUUUUUAUUUGGAAAUUUGUCUUAAAAAUGUGAUCCUGAAUUUUCAGUUGUAGAGGAAAAUGGAGCAUUGAAGGUCUUGAAGGCAAGGAUAAAAUGCCGAAUGAUGUGAAUAAUUCAAGACAAAUAUGGCCCAGAUAGUCCUGUUGGGAUUUGCUUUAGUAUCCUACAUAAAUUUGUGCACCCAAAAUGUAAAAAGGAAAAACUUUUUUUUUUUUUUGUUCAGCCAGUCAAGUUCCAUGUGAAGUGGAGACGACAUUAAACAUGUUAAAAGAAUAAGUGUGAUUUUUAGCUAGAUCAACCAGAAGGCACUACAUUUUUGAUCUGUUAAUAAGUUUAAUAUGAUGGAAGGUUGCAUUAUACUACUGUAAAAGGAUGUCAAAGUGCCAGAUGUGUAAAAGUUAAAUGUAAUUUAAUUCUUUCUAAAAUAUGAUAUAUUUACAAUUAUGGAGAAUCUGUUUGUGUUGGCUUGUGAGAUCAUGGGGGAGGAAAAGGCUCGAAAAUGUAAAUUGUAAAGAACCAGCUCUAUGAAGUACAACGUCUCACUUAAAUAAGCAUGAUGUAUUUUGAAGAUCUCCAAACUUGGAUCAUGACGCACACAAAACCUCAAACUGUGCAUCGUUACUAUAAUGGAAACAUGUACUGAGUAAGACAUGAGAUUUUGAACUCUGAAACACUAGAGAUUUUAAAUAUGAUGUACUGCUACAUGAACAAGAUCAGUGUUUUAUAUUCCAGGAUGUAUUUUUUUUUCCUUAUUUUGCAGUCAGCCGGAGACGUCGUUGACAAAUUGCAGAAUUUCUACAUUAUAUUCUGUUACAAAACAAACAAAAAAAAACUUUUUAGUGACUUGCAUAAAUGGAGUAGACAUUCCCAUGUUAAAUAAACAAGAAGCACGAGA